CUGAGGCGAGCCUGAGACGCUGCAGCCCGCCAUGGCCCGGCUCCUCCGAGCGUCCUGCCUUCUCUCCCUGCUCCUGGCCGGCUUCGUCCCGCCGAGCCGGGGGCAGGAGAAGUCCAAGACAGACUGCCAUGGUGGCAUGAGCGGCACCAUCUAUGAUUACGGAGCCCUCACCAUCGAUGGGGAGGAGUACAUCCCUUUUAAGCAGUAUGCUGGCAAAUAUGUCCUCUUUGUCAACGUGGCCAGCUACUGAGGUUUGACAGACCAGUACCUGGAACUGAAUGCACUACAGGAAGAGCUUGCGCCAUUUGGCCUGGUCAUUCUGGGCUUCCCCUGCAACCAAUUUGGAAAACAGGAGCCAGGAGAGAACUCAGAGAUCCUACCCAGUCUCAAGUAUGUCCGGCCAGGUGGGGGCUUCGUACCUAAUUUCCAGCUCUUUGAGAAAGGGGAUGUGAAUGGGGACAAAGAGCAGAAGUUCUACACUUUCCUAAAGAACUCCUGCCCUCCUACCACAGAGCUCCUGGGCUCACCUGGACGCCUCUUCUGGGAACCCAUGAAGAUCCAUGACAUCCGCUGGAAUUUUGAGAAGUUUCUGGUGGGGCCAGAUGGCAUACCCAUCAUGCGUUGGUACCACCGAACCACGGUCAGCAACGUCAAGCUGGACAUCCUGGCCUACAUGAGGCGGCAGGCAGCCCUGAGGGCCAAGGGGAAGUAACUGAUGUUUGGUCCACCCCACACCCACCAGGCAGGGAUGCUCUUCAGGAAGGAAUCCAUGUCGUCAAACCACACACCCACCACACACCCCUUUCUUACCAUAUAGGGCCUCAGCUUGGCACAGACGUGUGCAUACAGUAUGUGUGCACCACUGUGCACGUGGGGGUUUACGUACAUGCCUACGGUUGUGUGUACCGGUGUGUGCAUAGGUACAUGGCCACAUGUGUGAAUACCUGAGACUGUGAAUCACCCACGUGCCUGUGCUGUGUGCUGGAGAAUAGCACCCCUUUCUCUCCCGCUCUCUGUCCAAUGGUAACAAUUUGCUUUCACCAGAGCCCAGAGGAAAAACAGCACUAGGUCUGAUUGUCCUGCUCUGACCUGGAUCUCAACCUUGGGGCCAGCAUCUCUCACUGCCUCAAUGCCACACUGAAGUCCUCAGAAGUUUCUGGGUCUACCACACAUUGCCCAGCCUCUCUCCUCCUUCCUGAAGGGCCCUCCCAAGCUUCCAUCCUCACCCCAUCGUGUUCCCUGAGAUUAGCCAAGGCAGAUGUGAGAGUGAGGGCUGUGUACUCCAGGUCAGGGGUGGUGUCUCCAUGAGGGAGGGGCCCGAAGCCCUUGUGGGCGGACCUCCCCCGAGCCUGUCUGUGGGGCCAGCUCUUAGUGCAUUCAGGCUGAGACCCCUGGGCAGGGAUGCCGCCCCAACGCCUUCAGAGUAUGUGCCCUUUCCCCUCACUCUGUCCACUGGCACUGCUCACACCCCAUCUGCCCAGUAAAGACCUUUCUGCAGCAGCUGAGCCUACUGUGGUACUUCCUCAAAGGUGGCCACCCUACACGGGAGACAGGGAGGGUAAAGGCCAGAGGAAAAGAAGUGGGGGUGCUUUGGCACUGCACUUUGGCUUCUACCCAGGCCCACACUGCUUCUCUCACUCAGCAUCUGGAGUUUAUAAAGCAGUUCACACCAAC